ACCUCUGUUUCUCCUCACUGCAUUAGUGAAGUACAACCUGCAGCUCUCCCCUCCUCCCAGCCCUUCUGUCCUCCCCCUCCUGCCUGGCGCAGGCACACCUCUCCUGCUCGGCUCUCCUAGUUGCACACACACAGCUAGGCUUCCCCUCCUGCCUUGUGUGCCUGUGCUCAGCCCGGUGGGUAACCCCUCCAGCAAACAGCAGCGGCUUCAUCUCCAGAGACGCACAACCUACAGCAAUUACAGCAGCAGCGACGGCAACACCAUAAGCGUUGCAGCAGACACCAAAGAUGCUGGCCCGAAAGAUAAAACUCUGGGAUAUCAACGCCCAUAUAACAUGUCGCUUGUGCAAUGGAUACCUUGUCGAUGCUACUACUGUAACGGAGUGCUUACAUACCUUUUGCAGAAGUUGUUUGGUGAAAUAUCUGGAAGAAAAUAACACCUGCCCCACAUGUAGAAUUGUCAUUCAUCAGAGCCAUCCACUACAGUAUAUAGGUCAUGACCGAACAAUGCAAGAUAUCGUCUAUAAACUUGUGCCCGGUCUCCAAGAAGUGGAAAUGCGUAAACAGAGGGAAUUUUAUCACAAACUUGGUAUGGAAGUACCAGGGCACAUCAAAGCAGAAACCUGUACUGCAAAGCAAUAUGUAGAAGUCCACAGAAACGGUGAAACAAAAGCAGAUGAACACACAAAUAAAGAGACCACAGAAGAAAAGCAGGAAGAAGACCAUGACUAUCACAGAAGUGACGAACAGGUGAGCAUAUGUUUAGAAUGCAACAGCAGCAAACUGCGUGGACUGAAGCGAAAAUGGAUACGCUGUUCAGCACAAGCAACAGUCUUGCAUCUAAAGAAAUUCAUAGCCAAAAAACUUAAUUUAUCAUCAUUUAACGAGUGCAUGUCCGGACAACGCAAGGAUGAAGAAGAUUGGUCUGUGCUGCUCGUACAAAAGUACCCAGGGCUGGUGCAGUUUUCAGUCAGCAGGAGCAACAGCCCAGGAUAUCAGUUGGAUAUAUUAUGCAAUGAAGAAAUACUUGGCAAGGAUCACACACUCAAGUUCGUUGUAGUCACGAGAUGGAGAUUUAAGAAAGCACCACUUCUCCUGCAUUACAAACCAAAAAUGGACUUACUGUAAAGGAUCUUCAUUGCCCUGUAAGGACUGAUGUUUUGCAGAGACUAUCAUGGGCACAGGCUUAGUGUAUCACAUCACUUACAACAUGGGACCUGACCCAGCGGAUUUAAGGCCAGAAGAUUUAAUGCAUUAAGAGAAGGACCUGUGCUUCUAGAAAUUUCUGUUACAUUACAUGGAUUCUAGAGUUCUGGAAAGGAAAAUAUUUAUACUUUUGUACAAAAAAAAAAUUACAAAAGAGCUAAUUUUUUCACAAAUCAAGACACUGCUCUCAUCUUUAAGAGCCUACAGCUGGUGCACACACAAGCAUCGAUUGUAUAUGCCUAGGUGCUGGUUAAAAUGUAUUGUUUGAAAGUCACAGGUUAACACCAAAUUACCUUAGGAUGCUUUUUUGUUAAAAUUCUCUGCCAAGGACCUAUUAUGCUCUAAAUGUACGGUUUAUGGGUUUCAGCCAAUUCAUGUUUUUGAGACAAUUUGUUAGAUAUAACAGUCAGGUAGCAAUAUGUAGGGGAAAUGAGGUGAAGAGAAGGAAUAUAACCUACCCAAACAUUCGAACAUGGAAGAAAAUUACAUUUAAAAAAAAAAAAAAACAGUUCCGCUCUCCGUGGUUGUAUUUGUUGUUCUCUAUUCC